CAUGCGCGAGCGAGAAAAGUGCGUUUUAGAAUGAUUACUGGUGGCCAACGGAGAGACAGAUUAUACGGCUCUACACAACUGUUGUUUUAAUCCCCUGGGCGAGGAGAUUUAGCAAAGAAAAAACACUGGCCUCAAACGCAGCAGCCAUAUUGUAUGGAAAAACGGCAGAAAGGCUCAUCUUUGCAGGAAACCGCGUCCCCUCACACACCUUUGUCAAGACUUUUGUGGAGUUUAAUUUCCUCCUGACUGGCGGCGGGCGUGUGUGGGGCAGCUAGCUCGCCAGCUGGCUGAGGGAUCCUCAGACUGGAGCUACUUUCAGGCAGUUUACAUCGUACUGUGUCUAUCUCGUUGCUUCGUACGUGUCGAAUUAACCACCUGAAAGAUGAAGGACCGAUUGGAGCAACUCAGGGCGACGUGUGAUCAAGAUGAUGACGAGGUGGAGAUUGCUAUGGAUAACGCAGGCUUCAUGGAUGAGUUCUUCUCUCAGAUUGAGGACAUCAGGAACAGUAUUGAUAAAAUCGAUGAGAAUGUGGCUGAAGUCAAAAAGCUUUACUCCGUCAUCCUGUCUGCUCCCACAUCAGAUCAGAAGACACAGGAUGACCUGGAGGCAAUCACCAAUGACAUAAAGAAGAUGGCCAACAAUGCAAGAAACAAAUUAAAGACGAUUGAGAGGAAUCUGGAGUCCGAGGAGCAGGAGAGGGUGUCAGCUGACAUGCGGAUACGGAAAUCACAGCACGCAGUUCUGUCUAGGAAGUUUGUGGAGGUAAUGACAAAAUAUAAUGAAGCCCAGGUUGACUUCAGGGAGAGGAGUAAAGGACGCAUUCAGAGACAGCUAGAGAUCACUGGAAGAGCGACAACAGAUGAAGAACUGGAGGAGAUGUUAGAGAGCGGCAAUGCAGCUGUGUUCACUGCAGGGAUUGUGGACUCUGGGAUCUCAAAACAAGCCCUGAGUGAGAUUGAAUCCAGACACAAAGACAUCGUUCGUCUCGAGAGCAGCAUCAAGGAGUUGCAUGAUAUGUUUGUAGACAUUGCCAUGCUUGUGGAAAGCCAGGGUAACAUAAUAGAAAACAUAGAGCAGAACGUAUCCCAGGCUGUGGACCACAUAACGGAGGCUAGAGAACAGACCAAAAAAGCUGUAAGGUACCAGACUAAAGCGCGCAAGGGGGGGAUGAUAGACAGGAUUGAGAGCAAUAUGGACCAAUCGGUGGGCUUUGUGGAGCGGGCCGUGUCCGACACAAAGAAAGCCGCCAAGUUUCAGCAGGAGGCUCGUCGUAAAACCGUGAUAAUAGUGGUGGUUGUGCUGGUCUUGCUGGGCUUAUUAGCUCUUAUAAUUGGUUUGUCAGUGGGACUGAAGAAAUGAGCUAUUUGAGAAAGAGGAGAGCUAAGGGUGAGUAACUGCAGAGCAAACAAGCGCUGCAGCUCCACGUUGGGUGUGGGUUAGAAGCAAGCUUUGGGAGAGUUCGCAUGCUGGGUUUGUUAGACUUCGUAUGUGUGUAUUUUUCUGCUUUCCUCAAGGUUUACAUGAGGUGUGUUUCUUUGUAUUUGAACUUCUUGGGUGUGGGAUUUUCUCCACUUGUGCCUCUGGUGACUGCUGAACAAAGAACGAGGUGCUAGUAGUGUGUUUUACACUGUCACAGCUGGUGUUAGGUCUGUGGUUUCAUUCUCGUCAUCCACCGAUAAUGCACCCCAUCAUUAAAACCAUUCUCCCCUUGUCUCUCUCUCUCUCUCUCUCUCUCUCUGUCUCCCUCUCUGUAGAAGAUGAUCAUUAUUGCUGCAAUCUGUGCUGUGGUUGUUGUCAUCAUCCUCAUCAUAAUCCUCACUCAGACCCUAUAGCUGUACUGUGAUGUGCCACCGUCAUCUGUUUAGUCAUCACCCACUCCAUCUCCUGGCAAUAAACUGAACCGAUCACUCCAUGUGGAUAUAUCCCUUCAGCCAAAGAUGUCAUCAACUUAAAACUGCCCCAGAAAUUUCGGCCACGGGGAGAAAACUUUUGUGCGCGUGGACACAUUUUUAACUUUUGUUUUUAUUGCUUGGACCAAUCCCAGUCACCCUUCAUGUUCCCCGCUUUGACGGUGUGUGUGGAUGCUCCGCCGCAAAUGAGGAAAUAAGACUGAUGCUAACACGGGGAACAAUACCGGUUCUAUCUCAGCGGAGGCCAAAAAGGGAAUUGAAAAGUAACUGAUUCUAAUGUAACUCCGGCGUCGCUAAACAUUUCAUUGUUCAGCCUUCAGUUCCAAAGGUUCAGCCUUGAAACAUUUAACAUUUCAGUUUCAACAAGUUGAACGUGACCUUUUUAACAUUAUUUCUUGCCUUUAUGAGCCUUGACACAUUUUUAUGAUUGAAAUGCUAGCUACUGUAUGUUCACUGUAACUGGAUUAUAUUUAGAUUUGUGGAUAUUCAGCACUUUUCACAUUUCAAAACACAGUAUGUAGUAUUUGUGUAAGUAAGCACAUAUGAGCCUGUAAAGAAUAGAUUUAGAGUUAAUACUAUUUAUGUUAUCAGUAUCUAAUAUGUCUCCAUUCCUCAGCUUGAAGAUGACUGGUGUUUACUCACUUGUGAUUCUUCGGUUUUUAGAGCCCAGCUGUACUGAGUUCAAUGUGAAGGAUCAUGCUUAUGAAACCAGUUUCAGGGACAGGUUGAGAAAUAUGCAUUCCUCACACAAUGUUGUGAUAGAAACACUGGUAUAAUGUUAGUCAUUUUGCUCUUUUACACACACAGACAUGACUAACUCCAUUAGCAAUCUGUAAAAUGUACUGAUGUAAAUUGACACUCUAAUGUACACCUCUGUUGGCUGUGGACUCAGUGAUGUGGAAAGGUUCAAUUUGCUGGCAUAUUUUAGGCCUCAUAAUAUUUCUACUGUAAACAAACACCUCAGUUGCCAGCUUAAUAUGUCAAGAAGAACAGUGCAAUAACCCUGAAGUUAAUAAAGGUUAUGAUGUUUAGUUUUUGGUGUCCCAGCAUUAGAGAGAUGACUUUAAAUUACAUUGAAGAUGUCUGUGGUGCUUUUCAGUUGUAUCGUUAUAGCUUUUAAUAACGACUAAAAUGUAGCUGGUCUUCGUUGAAACACACUGGGGAUGAACCUCUUAGUUUACUGCUGAAAAGCUCCACAAGUACUCAAUAAAUGAACAAUGAAGAAGUAAAACUUACACAAAUGUAAAAUAUUUAAUUUAAAAACCAAGCUGUAUAUUACCUUGAAAUUAUGUUUUUAUUCAUAUGUGAUAAAAAUAGGUAGUAAAGCACUUUAUUCAUUCCAAGCUAAAACUUGACAAUGUAUUAUUUAAACGUUGUCAAUAAUAGCCAGACAAAUCAUGUUACCAUUUAAUGCAGGCACUUGUAGUAGUACACUGGUUAUGUAGGAGUAUUAGUGAGGUAGGAUCUGAUUCUAGCUCAGGUUGAUCACCAGCAUUUCAACCUUUAUCGAGUCAUGUUGGUGCAAUAUGAGAGCCACCACCACUGAGAUAAGUCAUUUGUUUUCAGUAAUCAAACUAGAGCUUGAUUGGCGCAUGGGCCCUUCAAAGCGAGAGUGCGUCUGCUCCACAGCUGUUCAGUCUAAAGCUUCUGUCAAAACAUCUCCAUGAGAGAAGAAAACUGAUACAAUUGUACACUGUUUACUCAAAGUGCCAAUGAUUUGAAUGAAUAAUAAAUAUAAUUUGUAAUCAC